ACAUUUAAUUGAGUUGACAAAUUGACUUAUAGGGACAUUUCUAAAAGAUGCAUAGACUGUUUAGGGUACAGUCACAAAUGAGAACACACAUAUUAGAAAGAUAGGCGCUACAGAAUUAAUUAUUGAGAAUAUCAGCAUUGCAAUCAAUCUGAUGACCCCCUGGUUGGUGAGUAACAAAAAGAUGGAUUUGAUGUUUUAGUGAUUUAUUAAAUAGUACAAAAGGUUUGUGUAAAGCAAAGCAAAUGAACAUCGUAGUUGCUGAAGUUACAUUUAUGAGUGGUGUCUUGGAUACAGUGUCAUUAUUUUAUAAAGUUACGUGUUUGAUAAACACACAAGUUUGUAAUACAAUUCCAUCAGUUAAAGCGGAGAGAAAAGCUCCCGCACAGUUUUCUGCCGGAAUUCCACAGUGGGACACAUACCGGAAGUAAACAGCACAAGCUCUUUUAACUCUAGCUACGCGGUCGAUGAGUUAGCGUAAACACAUGUAUUGUGAUUUUACAUUUCCGUCGCCACUAAACAACAAUAAUGUCUGCAGUUCAGAGUUUGAGAGAGUUUGUCAACGAAAGAUUGACUGCUGCUGCUGAAGAAAUAUUUGGAGUUGUUGAAAGAACUAUCUUCAAGUAUGAGGAAGAGAUUGAUCGUCAACGCAGACUGUUGAAAAUCUUACCCACAAUAAAGUUACACAGGAUACAGCUCCCUCAGCAACAUGUCUGUAAAGAGGAGGAGGAUCUCGCAGAGCAGCAGCACUGUAUUCAAGAGAAUAACUCCUGUCUGGACCAAGAGGACCCAGAGCCCCCACAGAUUAAAGAGGAACAGGAAGAGCUGUGCAGCAGUGAGGAACAGCUUGUACUGAAGCAGGAGACUGACGACUUUAUGUUGACUCCGACUUGUAUGGAAAAUCAUCACAGUGAAGAUCAGACUCUGAACCUCACCAUCAAUGACACUCAGAAUCCAGUUGAGGAAAAACCUCAAGGACAGUUUCAACUUCAACACUAUGAAGCAUCAGAAGUAGGUAUUUUAAACACAAACAGUGACCACCAGCUCCUCUCUCACAACUCUCCACUAGCUGAGAGCCAAGAUCAGAAAGUUGGAACGUAUGGAGAAUCGGGAUCAACACAUGCAGAGCCAGAAUUAAACCAGUCAGAAAAUGCAGAGCCAGAAUUAAACCAGCCAGAUAAAACUAUUAGAGGUCAAAGCCACAAUGUUAACAGCACUACAUUGUCAGUAUUUCAUAAAUUCAAAUGUGAGAUAUGUGAAAAAGGUUUUCAGUACAACUCAAAAUUGCAGCGUCACAUGAGAGUCCACACGGGUGAAAGGACAUAUUCUUGUAAAAUAUGUGGGAAAGACUUCAAACAUCAAUCUAACUUAAGCGUACACUUCAAAACCCACACAGGUGAGAAGCCAUAUUCUUGCAAAGUAUGUGGGAAAGACUUCAGACAUCAAUGUGAGUUAGUCGUCCACCUGAGAAUCCACUCAGGGGAGAAGCCAUAUUCUUGCAAAAUAUGUGGGAAACGGUUCAGAAUUAAUCGUGAUUUAACUGUCCACCUGGGAGUCCACACAGGUGAAAAGCCAUAUUCUUGCAAAAUAUGUGGGAAAAACUUCCGACGUCGAUGUAAAUUAACCCUCCACACGAGAAUCCACACUGGUGAGAAGCCGUACCCUUGCAAGACCUGCAGAAAAAGAUUUAGUGACUUUUCAGCAAUGACAAGGCAUACCAGAAUUCACACGAGAUGAGAAGCCGUGUAUUUGCAAAACACGUGGGAGAGUUUUCAGACGCAGCAGUGAUUUAUUAAGACACAUGAAAAACAGUCCACACUGGACACCUGAGGAUCAACAUACAGUUGGGCAAAAAAGUAUUUAGUCAGCCACCAAUUGUGCAAGUUCUCCCAUUUAAAAAGAUGAGAGAGGCCUGUAAUUUUGAUCAUAGGUACACUUCAACUAUGAGACAAAAUGAGAAAAGAAAAUCCAGAAAAUCACAUUGUAGGAUUUUUAAAGAAUUUAUUUUCAAAUGAUUGUGGAAAAUAAGUAUUUGGUCAAUAACAAAAGUUAAUCUCAAUACUUUGUUAUAUACCCUUUGUUGGCAAUGACAGAGGUCAAACGUUUUCUGUAAGUCUUCACAAGGUUUUCACACACUGUUGCUGGUAUUUUGGCCCAUUCCUCCAUGCAGAUCUCCUCUAAAGCAGUGAUGUUUUGGGGCUGUCGCUGGGCAACACGGACUUUCAACUCCCUCCAAAGAUUUUCUAUGGGGUUGAGAUCUGGAGACUGGCUAGGCCACUCCAGGACCUUGAAAUGCUUCUUACGAAGCCACUCCUUCGUUGCCCUGGCGGUGUGUUUGGGACCAUUGUCAUGCUGAAAGACCCAGCCACGCUUCAUCUUCAGUGCCCUUGCUGAUGGAAGGAGGUUUUCACUCAAAAUCUCACGAUACAUGGCCCCAUUCAUUCUUUCCUUUACUCGGAUCAGUCGUCCUGGUCCUUUUGCAGAAAAACAGCCCCAAAGCCUGAUGUUUCCACCCCCAUGCUUCACAGUAGGUAUGGUGUUCUUUGGAUGCAAAUCUGCAUUCUUUCUCCUCCAAACACGACGAGUUGAGUUUUUACCAAAAAGUUCUAUUUUGGUUUCAUCUGACCAUAUGACAUUUUCCCAAUCCUCUUCUGGAUCAUCCAAAUGCCCUCUAGCAAACUUCAGACGGGCCUGGACAUGUACUGGCUUAAGCAGGGGGACACGUCUGGAACUGCAGGAUUUAAGUCCCUGGCGGCGUAGUGUGUUACUGAUGGUAGCCUCUGUUACUUUGGUCCCAGCUCUCUGCAGGUCAUUCACUGGGUCCCCCCGUGUGGUUCUGGGAUUUUUGCUCACCGUUCUUGUGAUCAUUUUGACCCCACGGGGUGAGAUCUUGCGUGGAGCCCCAGAUCGAGGGAGAUUAGCAGUGGUCUUGUAUGUCUUCCAUUUUCUAAUAAUUGCUCCCACAGUUGAUUUCUUCACACCAAGCUGCUUACCUAUUGCAGAUUCAGUUUUCCCAGCCUGGUGCAGGUCUACAAUUUUGUCUCUGGUCUCCUUUGACAGCUCUUUGGUCUUGGCCAUAGUGGAGUUUGGAGUAUGACUGUUUGAGGUUGUGGACAGGUGUCUUUUAUACUGAUAACGAGUUCAAAAAGGUGCCAUUAAUACAGGUAACGAGUGGAGGACAGAGGAGCCUCUUAAAGAAGAAGUUACAGGUCUGUGAGAGCCAGAAAUCUUGCUUGUUUGUAGGUGACCAAAUACUUAUUUUACAGAGGAAUUUACCAAUAAAUUCUUUAAAAAUCCUACAAUGUGAUUUUCUGGAUUUUUUUUCUCAUUCUGUCUCUCAUAGUUGAGGUAUACCUAUGAUAAAAAUUACAGACCUCUCUCAUCUUUUUAAAUGGGAGAACUUGCACAAUUGGUGGCUGACUAAAUACUUUUUUGCCCCACUGUACACAGCAGAAACCAUCGAGCUAAAACUGCUGUGGGAAAAGGUUCACAGACUUCAUGAAAUCCACCUAGCAGAAGCUAUUUUACUAUAUAUUUUAGUUUUAAAAUAUUUCCAUAAUGAGGGGUAAAUGAUAGUAACACAGUGAGUAACAGUAGUGACUGUCAAAGUAAUGGUGUGAUUGGAUGCUAGUUUUGCCAGAAGGUUUAUUUAUGAAGCAGCUUUGAAUCUUUUUAUUUAAAGUGCAACAAGGACCAAAUAAAAAUAAUAAAAUACAAUGUAUUGCAUAUUAUACAGGUUGAACUGAACCAUCAAAAGCUAGGCAUUUGUAAGGCCAACUGCUAGUGUUUUUAAAGUGGUUGUGGUAGGAUUGACAAUUUGCAACUCUUGGAUUUUCAAUAAAAGAUUUGUCAGAA